GCGAGAGUCGACUCGGACUCGGUCAGCGAAGCAGUCACUGCGCUUGCUCCGCUGGCGGAUGCAAAGGGCACUCCUCACGACGGCAAGAGCGAGCUUAGAGGAGCUCGAGAGCCUGCUGCUGCCUGCACUGCUGCCCGAACUGCUGCUCAAUGCGUACCCUGCCUAUGCAAACUCGAGCAGGAGUCCAAAUGCUGCCUCAAAGAUCAGCAGACGACCCCAAUCUGCCUGCUUGCAAGCCGCACGAGCUACAGACAAGCUCUUCACGAAUGCUUGUCGCAGCCAGGCGAGUGAUUCCGUCAGGCGAGCGCAACCUUUUUGCUCAUCCGAGACUUCAACGCAGCCGAGAACAAGCGCACAGCCUACUGGGAGCGAGAUCCCUCUCGAGCUCUUCUCAGAAACUCCUGAUGUGGCUUGGCAUGCCUUCACUCAGCUCAACGCCCUCGCUCGCGCCAGGCUGCCAACAUCGAUCUUGCUUGGACUGUUCGAGCAGACCAAGUCUCAUGCGCACAAGGCAACAGCAUUCGCUCAAUCCCACCAGAUAUUCGCCUGCCUGCCGUCAAGUGCCAGAUCUGCCCUUCUCUUGUCAGACCUGCUCGCACUCGGCAUCGAUGCCGCACCAGAUCCGCCCACCGACCAGGCGGCUCACUAUGGCCUCCUCGUGUCACUUUACCAGGCGCUACUCGAACGAGCCCAGGCCGAAGGCACGCAGUGUCCCGUCAUCAUGCUGCAAUGGGCGAAUUAUCUAGUGUCCCGAUUCUCGGCUUCGUCGCAUGUCAUGACUGCACACUUUCAUCUCCUGACGUACUUUCAGAGCCUCCGUCAUAGCUCCUCGCGGGGGUUAGGCAUACCAUCGGAGACACGACAGAUUGUACUCGAGACAUGUGAUCAGCUCGUCCGAAAAUUGCUUGCGCUUCGCAAAGAAGCACAGGAUCAGCUGGCGUUCGAGCUUGUGGUCAUCAUGCGCGAAAUGCUUCUCUAUCCCGUCAGCUCUUCUCUUGCAGAGCUCGUGCCAAUCCUAGGCAAACGCCACCUGAGACGUCUGUUCGAACGACUCAUGCCAGCAGGCGACCUCGACAGGCUUGACACAAACCUCCGGACGCGCGCUGCGCAAAGCAUGGCAAUCCUGCUGAAGCGCGCCCUCCAGCUCGACGAUGCCCAGCUGACGUCAGCUAUAUUGGUCACUGUUGAGUCCAUCCACCACUGGCUCCCGUCAGCCACGCAGCUCGAUCUAGCACAUUCAAUCGCCGCUCUCGGUACCGAGACCCGCUUGACCAUGUAUGCCGCCAGAUCUUUUGAUGCCUUCCUGCAGCAGAAACGAUUAGACUUGCCCUCUCUGUCUGCCUACGCAGCUUUGCUCGCACGAUUACAGGAUUCUGCACUCGAUAUCCCCCAACAAUGGCUGAGACGCGCUGCGUCUGGCGCCACGACGGUCUCUCGCAUGCCUAUGGAAGUCUAUCGCGUUUGGCUGCACAUAUUUGCAACAAGCCCAGAUAUUCAUCUCGCGCGUUCCUGGUUGACCAUGCGAGAUGCUUGGUUCCAGGACGCAGACGUCUGGGGGAACUCUGCAAAGAGCAUACUUUCUUUCAAAAGCUUGCUCACCCGAGCGCUUGCCUUGCCAACUCUCGCGCCAAGCCUGGACAUCUAUUCGACCUAUGUGUCAUCUUCCCGCGAACUGCCCCUCGAUCUCUGGCAGGCUUUCACACAGCGUCUGGCCGCCGCACCCACAUUUGCUGCUAAGCAGCUUGCAGACGUUGUGCUUUCUCGCGCGCAGUCCAGAGGUGACGUAACGAGCGAACACGUAUAUUCACUCGUACACCAUAUGGAUGCGAGCGGAUCCAGCAUCGCGUUGCAUCAAUUUUCGCAGCGACUCAUCCGCGCGCGGCCAGAGCUCGUCUCACAGCAGACCCUCUUUCGCGCAAUCGAUCGUCUGGCGAUCUCAGAGCAAGAUCGUCUGACAAGCGCGCUGAAAAUGGCAAAACUUGCAGACGCCGCGGGCAAGGGCUCGCCAUGUAGAACCCUGCUCGCAAAGAUCGGGCAUCACGCCACACGACCAAAACCGAAUGAGAUCAAUCUAGGCGAAAUUGAGCUCGCUGCUUCAGAACUCGAAGUUGCUGGCUUCGGCAGCGAGCGAUGGCUCACGACAUGGCGUAUAUAUGCCUUCUCUCGUCGGGCUUGCUAUCGGCAAGCUUACAGUAUCUGCUCACAGUCGAUCGCCAGAGGCAUUCUACCGUACGAGAUGGCCAUCGGCCAACUCACUCGGCGACUAACAGAGCACGGACAUGAAUACGAUGCAAAAUUACUUCUUGCUAGAUGGCAAGACCUUCGCAAACAUCGCAACCAGUCAGAGCGUCCCGACAAGGGGACCACCACUCCUCAAGCCUACACGCCUUUAGUGGUGGCGCGUCUUGCCCGCGAGCAGCGCUAUUUUGACCCGAGCUUGCCUCUUGAUAACCGACCUGGCGUUGGUUUCGAGCAUCAAGCAAGUGACGCUAGUCUUCUGCAAGCCUACAAGAUCCAAAAUGUUCGGCACAAGCCGGACCGUCUGCGGAAAAUGCUUCGGUAUGCUUGUACGAGCUACAACGAUACAACACAACUCAUUGAUAAGCUCCGCGUCGAUCUUGGCCGAUGGGGCGGACGUCUCUCUGCACAAGAUCUUCAUGCGAUUUUGCUCUUUGAGGCUCAGCGCACCUCUGUCGAUCUCGCACGUCUCCAUGCUGCGCAUGCCGACCUCUGUCAGAUACAAGACGCAGGCUCAGACGAAAUGGUGUACGGUCUGACUCGCGCGGGCGAGCUCAGCAAAGCCAUCAAAGCUGCAAAAGCACCGACAGCGCCCGUGGCCUCGCACGUGAUUGCCUUCCUAUCCCUCCAUCUAUCUCGCGCCGGACGAUUUGAAGACAGCAACGCCAUCUUGAAUCUUGUCGAAGAAGAUUCCCAUGUGCAACAAGCGCGAAUCUAUUCUGACGCAUUGGAGAACAGACGCCAACUCAGCGUUGCAGCCUUUGGAGGAGGCAAACACGCGAGCGCUGCCGUCUCUGUUCUUUGCGCCACAACUUGGCAUCGUGCGGCGGAAUAUGCGAGCCGGAUCCAUCUGCUGCCCCUCGAACUUGUAGGCACACGUCUCAAGGGGGGAUAGCUCCUCGCGUCCGGAACUAGCGUCGCCUUUGACGACCGAUUCGCGAUCUCAGCGUGACCUUGCGAGCGAGCUCGUCAGAGAGUGAUACGAAAGAGAUCAUUAUGCUUAAAAGCAAGCUUGUCGCAGGCGCUGUCAUCGCAUUUCAUGCAGUGUUUGCAGCUGCUUACGUCGAGCUAUGUAGCAAUCAUCUGCUGCUGCCCGAAGGCUGUCAGAGCUGUUGUAUCGCCUGCACCGAGGG